AUGGGCCAGACACAGAUAGAGGUGGACAGAGGUGUGACUGAGGGAGGCAGAGCAGGACUCGGAGCCAGCUGGCGCGUGAGUCCCUGCGGCGCACGGAUUACAAUGCAGAUGCUCCUGGAGGUCUGGCUCACCUUGGUGUCAGUGUCUGCGCUGACCCGAGGCGUCUUCGCAGGAUACGGGCUGAGCAUGUUCGCUGCGCAGUCCUCUCCUCCGGACCCGUGCAACGAUGAGAACGGGAACCCGAGGAGGUGCAUCCCCGACUUCGUCAACUCCGCUUUCGGGAAGGACGUGCGCGUGUCCAGCACCUGCGGCAGCCCGGCCGCCAGGUACUGCGUGGUGGCCGAGAAGGGAGAGGACCGGUCCCGGGACUGUCACAGCUGCGACGCCGCGGACCCCAAGAAGUCCCAUCCGCCCGCGUACCUGACGGACCUGAACAACCCGCACAACCUCACGUGCUGGCAGUCAGAGAACUACAUGCAGUUCCCGCAGAACGUCACCCUCACCUUGUCCCUGGGCAAGAAGUUCGAGGUCACCUAUGUGAGCCUGCAGUUCUGCUCACCCAGACCCGAGUCCAUGGCCAUCUACAAGUCCAUGGACUACGGCAAGUCCUGGGUGCCCUUCCAGUACUACUCCACGCAGUGUAAGAAGAUGUACAACCGGCAGAACAAGGCGGCCAUCACCAAGCAGAACGAGCAGGAGGCCAUCUGCACCGACUCGCACACCGACAUGCACCCUCUGACCGGCGGGCUCAUCGCCUUCAGCACGCUGGACGGGAGACCGUCCGCGCACGACUUCGACAACUCCCCGGUGCUGCAGGACUGGGUGACGGCCACCGACAUCAAGGUGAUCUUCAGCCGGCUGCACACCUUCGGGGACGAGAACGAGGACGACUCGGAGCUGGCGCGCGACUCCUACUUUUACGCGGUGUCGGACCUGCAGGUCGGGGGACGGUGCAAGUGCAACGGGCACGCGUCGAAGUGCGUGAAGGACCGAGAAGGGAAUCUGGUGUGCGAGUGCAAGCACAACACGGCGGGACCGGAGUGCGACAGGUGCAAACCGUUCCACUACGACCGACCGUGGCAGCGCGCGACGGCCCGAGAAGCCAACGAGUGCGUCGCCUGCCACUGCAACCUGCACGCCCGCCGCUGCCGCUUCAACAUGGAGCUGUACAAGCUGUCGGGCCGGAGGAGCGGCGGCGUCUGCCUCAACUGCCGCCACAACACGGCAGGACGCCACUGCCACUACUGCAAGGAGGGCUACUACAGGGACAUGACCAAGUCCAUCUCCCACCGCAGGGCCUGCAAAGCAUGUGACUGUCACCCGGUGGGAGCGGCGGGGAAGACGUGUAACCAGACGACGGGUCAGUGCCCCUGUAAGGACGGGGUGACGGGGAUCACCUGCAACCGAUGUGCCAAAGGCUACCAGCAGAGCCGCUCGCCCAUCGCGCCCUGCAUCAAGAUCCCAGUUGCAUCUCCCACAGCGUCGUACAGCAGCUACGAGGAGCCGUCAGAUUGUGAAUCACACUGCAAAGCUUCCAAGGGAAAGAUGAAGAUCACCAUGAAGAAGUACUGUAAGAAAGACUACGCUGUUCAAGUGCACGUGCUGAAAGGAGACAAGGCCGGCGAGUGGUGGAAGUUCACGGUCAACAUCAUCUCCGUGUACAAGCAGGGCGAGCACCGCAUCCGCCGCGGGGACCAGCUGCUGUGGGUGCGCGCCAAGGACGUGGCCUGCAAGUGCCCCAAGAUCAAGCCCGGGAGGAAGUACCUGCUCCUGGGCACGGACGAGGACGACUCCCCCGGGCAGAGCGGCGUGGUGGCGGACAAGGGGAGCCUGCUCAUCCCCUGGAAGGACCUGUGGGGCCGCCGGCUCAGGAAGUUCCAACAGCGCGACAAGAGGGGGAAGUGCUAG